AUGGGUAACGACGGAGGAUCCAUUCCCAAACGCCGCGAGCUCGUCAAAGAAGCUGCCCGCGCUCUCAGCGUCAGCGAACUGAAAGCAAACGCCCUAGAGUCCCUCGGCCACGCCUGGAACAACGACCCUAUUACGAGUCAGCCCCUCGACAGGGACAAUGUUGUCUCCGACUGGCGCGGGCGCCUCUACAACUACGAGUCCAUCCUUCAAGGCCUGAUGCCCUCCGACGACAACACCGAGUCGUCUCCACCGUCCAACCCCGAUUCCCAAGAGCUCACACUUGCGGCCACCGGCAUCAAGUCGCUCCGCGACAUCGUCAGGCUCAAGUUCCACCGAUACACCCCGCCCGGCACCAAGAAGGACAUCUGGGCCUGCCCCAUUUCCCUCAAGGAGUUGGGUCCUUCCGUCAAAGCGGUCUACAUUGUGCCUUGUGGCCAUGUGUUUGCCGAAAUUGCCAUCAAGGAAAUCCAGGAGUUGAGGUGUCCCGAGUGUAGCGAAGAGUUUACAAGCGAGAAUGCGGUGCCGAUCCUGCCAACCGAGGAAAGCGAUCUCAAGAAGCUGGUGCAGAGGAUGGAUGAUUUGAAGGCCGCGGGACUCGCACACAGCCUCAAGAAGGACAAGAAGGACAAGAAAAAGAAGCGCAAGGCCGAUGAGGGGAUUCAAGAGGGCGAUAAGGCAGGUAAGAAGAGAGCGACAGAAGAUGCCGUUGCCCCAAAGGCUGCCAAAGAAGCAUCCGGGAGGAUCAGCGGCAUCAACAAUGCCUUGGCCGCGUCAUUAACAGCCAAGGUAAUGGCUGAGCAGGAGGAGCUCAGCAAGCGGAGGAAGAUGGCGUCGUCGAGGGGUUGA